AUGGCGGAAAAAACAUACAUUUGUUCUUACUGCGGGCAGACAUUUCGAGGGACUUCGGCCUUCAUGGUGCAUGAGAGGACUCACAUAGGAGAGCGGGUCUAUAAGUGCUCGCAGUGUGGGAGAACGUAUCCUUGUCAUUCUGACCUCCUCAUACACCGGAAGAGCCACACGGGAGAGAAGCCCCAUCGACGUCCUUUGGAUGGUGGCAGACGCUCCAGUCGGAAUGCCCCCCUGCCCUCACACCAAGGAGCCCGCCUGGCAGAGAAGUUCGGCUUUGAGAGCGGCCAAGAGGACGAGGGGCUGGGGGGGUCCGCCCGGGAAGCCAAAGCUCAGGUCCUCCUGCAGCCGAACCCCCGGCAUGGGACAUCGGCCCCCCGCCCAGAGGCUUCCUCUCUCUCUCUCUCGAGUGCCAGGAGGGAGCCCGGCAGCUCAGGUUGUGCAAAGCUCACUGGAGACGCUCAAGAGCUGAGCCUGAAGCCAGACUGGCCCAGUGAUCUUGUCGAGGGGUCGAGCGGGUGUGUCUUGAGCAGAGCGGAGCCGGGAGAGACACAGGCAGGGCGUGGAGAAGGAAGACCCGGGGCCUCGAGAAGCCUGGCGGGACACGAGCUGGGGUUGGGGGGGACACGGCUCAGCGCUAAGGUCGUGCAAGGCAGACUCUUGGCCCCAAAGGGCCCCCAGGAGUCGCAGGCCCACCGAACCCACACUGGGGAGAAACCUUUUGAAUGCUCAGAAUGUGGAAAGAGGUUCAGUCAGAAUGGCCAUCUUCAGCAGCAUCAGAUAACCCACACAGGGGAGAAACCUUUUGAAUGCUCAGAGUGUGGAAAGAGAUUCAGUCACAGUAGCAGUCUUCAACUGCAUCAGAGAACCCACACAGGGGAGAAACCUUUUGAAUGCUCAGAGUGUGGAAAGAGAUUCAGUUACAGUAGCAGUCUUCAACUGCAUCAGAGAACCCACACGGGAGAGAAACCUUUUGAAUGCUCAGAGUGUGGAAAGAGGUUCAGUCAGAGCUGCCAUCUUCAGCAGCAUCAGAGAACCCACACAGGGGAGAAACCUUUUGAAUGCUCAGAGUGUGGACAGAGAUUCAGUAGUAGUAGCCAUCUUCAGCAGCAUCAGAGAACCCACACAGGGGAGAAACCUUUUGAAUGCUCAGAGUGUGGACAGAGAUUCAGUAGUAGUAGCCAUCUUCAGCAGCAUCAGAGAACCCACACAGGGGAGAAACCUUUUGAGUGCUUAGAGUGUGGAAAGAGAUUCAGUGACAGUAAUCUUCAACGGCAUCAGAGAACCCACACAGGGGAGAAACCUUUUGAAUGCUAUGAGUGUGGAAAGAAAUUCAGUAGGAGUCGCACCCUUCAGCAGCAUCAGAGAACCCACACAGGGGAGAAAGCUUUUGAAUGCUCAGAGUGUGGCAAGAAGUUCAGUGACCGUGGUAGUCUUCCGAAGCACCAAAGAACCCACACUGGGGAAAAACCUUAUGAAUGCUCAGAGUGUGGCAAGAAGUUCAGUGACCGUGGUAGUCUUCCGAAGCACCAAAGAACCCACACUGGGGAAAAACCUUAUGAAUGCUCAGAGUGUGGCAAGAAGUUCAGUGACCGUGGUAGUCUUCCGAAGCACCAAAGAACCCACACAGGGGAGAAACCUUUUGAAUGUUCAGAGUGUGGCAAGAAGUUCAGUGACCGUGGUAGUCUUCCGAAGCACCAAAGAACCCACACUGGGGAAAAACCUUAUGAAUGCUCAGAGUGUGGAAAGAGAUUCCGUGAGAGUGGCCAUCUUCACCUGCAUCGAAGAACCCACACAGGGGAGAAACCUUUUGAAUGCUCAGAGUGCAGAAAGAGAUUCCGUGACAGUGGUACUCUUCGGAAGCACCAAAGAACCCACACUGGGGAAAAA